AUUUAAUUCUUGACAUUCUAGCAACAACAUAAACGUGUCAUGUGCAGACAUGGAAGUCAUUGCUAUAUUAUUUGCUCAUUUUGGCAUAUAUCUUCGUGAUAAAGACUAUGGUCAAGUUAGCUAAGCUAGAAGAGUAGAGAAAGAUUGAGGCAGUUGAGCUCGAGCUGGUCGCGAGAGAGAGUGUGAGAGAGCUGGAGAGAGAGCGGCUUCAGUCACUGACUGAACGUGGCAGUUAAUGCGAAAUGUCUAUAUAAUAUGAAAAUAACUUUAGUAACUGCAGGUUUUGAAUGUUGAGGUAAACGUACAAGUUUCGCGUUUAAUUGGAAAGAGGAUUUAGAGAUCGGGAAGACGGCAGAAAUGCACCGUUAUUUGUGGCGGAUAUAACUGUUAUUAUGUGAAGUGUAUCUUCGACAGAGACUCAUUCGGGUAUUGCUGUACCUGUCAACAGAGGCCACAGGAAGUCUCACAGGUGAACCUGGCACUACCAAACCAAGCCUACCACCCACCCAGUGGCGUGAUACAGCCAGCUAUCCAGGCUUGGUACAGUUGCACUCGUUUGACUUAAAAACAUCCACCAAAGACUGUCAAGAAUCACAUCUGGACAGAACCGUCCCACUACAAUAGUAUAAUUAUGCUUUUGUUCCACGGCCCAUUUCAGUUCCUUCCAAACGCUCUCUGAUUUUCAAGGAGUAGCACAGUUAAACAGUGCCCAGCCACUGAAAGCGUGGCUGCCCUAUCAAUCUUAAUAGGCACCUGUAGAACAUAGAGCAAGCAUUGAAAACAGUCAUUGGGUCAAAGGUCAUUGGGAAAAAGGUCAAGAACCAUGUGUGUCCAAUUGGUGUUAACCAUUGGCCUAGUCCACAGGAUGGAUGGACAGUAAAGUGGCAGUGAGACAGUGGACUCAUGUCAUGGAAGAGAUUGUUGCAGUCGCAGUACAUACAGAGGGCUUGAAUGGUUUUCCGCAAGAUUGUAAACAGACCGGGGAUCUGACCAAUGGAAACUCCAAAUGCACAACUGUUCUCAAUGGAUUGACUCCAGGUAAUGGCAUCAAAGAGAAUGGCAAUAUAAACGGCAGUCCGUAUCUUAAAACUGUCCCGAUCUCAGCGCUCAAACAGAAUGGGCUCCUACAGGCUCUGGCAGCAGGUGGCAAUCACACCAAAACCGAAGAGGUGAGCUCGGAGGUGGAGCGAGCACAGGAGGAGUGGGAUGCCCUGGAGAGCAUCCAACCAGUUCUCGCUGAGGAUCUCACUCCCUCUCUACUGAUCUCAUUCAAUGAGGCUCUGCAGCAUUUUCAAACCACUGAUCUUGGAGACCUGCUUAAAAACAUUCAGCCCACCAUUCGCAGAACUGGAUUGGCUGCCAUCACCCACUUCCUGUUUGGUCCUCCUCGGCUACACAAAGACCUAGUAGAGGAAAGAGACUUAGUGUUUGCUAUCGCACAGUGUUCUCUGGAUAAUGGACAGUCAGUGCACAUGCGUGUACUUCAGACCAUCUACAGGAAACUGACCUGCACCCGAGCAGACUGCCCUCGAUACGGACCACACUGGGAGAAUGUGGGCUUUCAAGGAUCAGACCCGGGCACAGAUCUAAGAGGAACGGGUUUUCUGGGACUCAUGCACACUCUCUACUUCGUCAUGGACCCAGAGAUACUACCACUUGCUAGAGACAUCUACAAACUCUCUCAGCAUCCGGUCCAGAAUUUUCCGUUCAGUGUGAUGUCAAUCAACAUGACCAGAAUUGCCCUGCAUGCUCUCAGGGAAGAGGUGCUGUCUAAGGAGUGUAAUAGAAGGCAACAGGUCGUGGCGGUGCUGAAUGAUUUUUAUGUUGCGACGUUCCUGCACCUUUACCAGCUGUGGAAGAGCCAGCAGAAAACCAUCUCUGACUCCGGCCAUGUACUUAAAGAAGUGGAGCUCUUCGCUAAGAAGAACCCUAAACAGAUUCUCAAACGUCUCGAGGGCUACCUGAAGGAGAGACGUGCUGGGAUGGGACACCGAGCAUCACCUGACACAAUGUCGCAUAGCAACCCUUCACCUGGUGACAGUGGGUCUCAAGCGGGGAGUCAGGGAGGGAAGGAAGGGAAGGAACUGAACUUUACUGGAGUAUGUGAGCUGCCCCCUGAUAUGGAGGGAGAGGCCAGACUCAUCUGAAAGAGAUGAGAGCGAUGACAAUUACAGAAAUGUGUUUGAAUGGGCAUUUGAUUCAUCCAUGCUUCAUCUCUUUGUUUCUUCAUUUAUUUUGUCCUUUAGGGCUAAAAAGACCCAAAGUUCACCCAAAAAUAAAAAUUUGGUUGUCGUUAACUCACCCUUGUUGCAAACCAGGAAGAUUUGCUUUCUUCUAGCAUAAUGUUCAAGCUGCUUUUUUGCCAUAUAAUGAAGGAUAUUGUGGCCAUGGCUGUCUAUGGACCCCAUCACAUUUUAUUGAAUGUAAAAUCGCAGCUUGCUCGUUUUCUACUCUACAGAAGAAAGCAAAUCAAAUGGGUUUGAAACAAAACACAAGGAUGAUAACAAGAUUUCGCUUUUGGGUGAAGUAUGCACACUUGAGACUAUGUGGUAGCUGAAAAUCGUCAAAUUCUGCUGUUUAUUAUUUUUGAAUACCUAUUUGCUCUAUAACACUUUAAAAGACCAAUAGAUUUAGUUGCCAAAUAUUAGGGCUUAAACUGAUCGUCUAGUGCUAGAUUUAGCACGUCAGUGGCAGCGGGCUGUCUUAAACCAAUCAGGAAGUAGAAGACUUGAUGUACAGUUUCAGAAGAGACCAGUGAACCAGCACCUUACACAUGACUGUGGUACCGAGUGAAAAUGACUUUGUGUUUGCGAUGGGGUGACUGUGCAGGCAUUUGUUUGAUUCGAUUGAGACAAGUCCAGUCUACAGCCUUAUGUAUAUCCAGAUAGUUGAACGUGUUCACUGUGACCAAGUCGAUCUUUAGAAAGUUGGCAGAGGUUUUGUUGAUACUGGCUCUGUAUCCUUACAAUCUGGAAAGAAAUGAUCAAAACAUUGGAUGGAAAUAGCUUUUUUCUCUUGUCCCUUAAGAAAGAUGUCACAGUAAGAUUUAUAGAAGCUCUAUUUCUGUUGGCAAAAACUCUAAAAUUGUCAGGUCAGGGGAUCAUUAUGAUGGGAAAGUGACCCGUAGGUGAAAAUGAUCAGAUGUUUACAGAAACAUUUAGCAGUUCAGCUACAAGUCUACCGUAGACCGAUCACUAUUAGUGUUUUCAUAACAGAUCAUUUUAUAUAAUUAAACGUUAAACUUAGGGCAGCAAUCACAGUGAAAAUGUGACAUUUGGAAGUCUUGUAAUGCUUGUCUGCAUGAAGCAAAAGCCUACAUGUUUCCUUGAUAUUGAUAGUAGUUACAUUUAAAUUUUAAGCAGUCAUGAUGUGACUAUUACUAUGUGGAUGUGAUGUAGAUGAGCGUAAGAUGCUUGAAGAAUUGUACGAAAAUACAGGAAAUAAUCAUGAAAACGAUAUUGGUUGCUUGUUACGACAUACAGUACAGAAUACUUGAGCUGUAUUUCAAUAGUAAUGAGAUCAUCUCUGGCCUAGUUUACAUCUUGUAUUAAGAUGCAUUUUGGUCGAUCAGAUCACAAGUGGAUGACGCUAAAUACAGGUUUAAAUAGUGUCUAAACCGUUUUGAGCUCGUCAACUUUCGACCACAUUCGAGGUAACCGUGUGGUGUAGAUGCAGAUGUGGUCGAAUGUGAUUAAAUAGCUACAAAACACCGCUUGUUAAUCUAAAGGACUCAUUAUAGUUGUGCGUAUAUCCUACGACGUAGAAUACGCGUCGGUUUUCAUAUAUACUUCUGCGCCGUCAUUCGCAUCGACGUGCAAACACACAUGCAGACCGCUGGUAGGCAGUAUCCCCGCAUGUAACCACAGUAGCAGUGCGACCGUCGAUGAAGAAGAAGCUUGGCAAGUUUAACCCACAAGCGAAGAAGAAACAGCAGCUUGUUGUGUAUGUUUUGAGAUGACCAGCAGUAAUGGAAGUAUAUAAACAGCGACUUUUGUUGCAGUUUCAGCUAAAUCACUCCUCCACUUGACCCAUCUUUGUUCUGACCGUCACAAAUGGGAAUAUCUGAGAUGCAGUUUUUUUACCUGAUGGAAGGGGUUCUAGUGGACCAAUAUAAAAAAUUUGGAGGUGCGCGUCAGACUACGCAGAGGCUAUGAAUAAUCUACAUCGUAGCUACGGCGUAGACCUUACGUACGACAAUAAAUUGGACUUAAUGUGUAAUGUACCAAACACAAUGUUUUUACAUCGGCCCUGACUUUUAGUGCGAACCCACAGUAUUUGGCGCGGUUAUUAGGCUAUCAUUGCUAAAACGAAAGCGACUUAUCUCUAUCUUUUGCGAGCAUCUAAAAGUUUCGUAAGCUUAUUUUGUCCGUUGCUCUGAAAUAUCUGAGAAAGCCCUUACAUAUACACGUACUAAAUGUUGCGCAGCAUGUUUACUAACAACACAAGCAGUGGACUCCUAUACCUCUAAUUUCUCCCGCUUGUGUUUACCGUACUUUUCGGACUAUAAGCCGCACCGGAGUAUAAGCAGCAUCAUUCAAAAAUGUGUCAUUAAAUGUGCUCUAAGCAAAUUCACACGUUUUAGACCAUAAAACAUUUUUUGUUACAUACAGCAAACAUCUCCUCACUAUCUGCUUGCUGCCUGUCCGCUGAUCAAACUGUAAAAAACGCGAUCUCUGUAGACAGCCCAGGCUCCACAAACUGCAAUAAACACAAAGUGGCCAAACCUACCACCAGAAACGAUAACAAAGUGUUCCAGCCAAUAAACGAUGAGAAGGAUUUGGGGGUGGGGGUUGGGCGCGUUCAUGAAAGCACGGAAGGGAGGGGGAGGAGUUAGCUACGCUCCAUUUGUUUGAAAACAGUUCAAACAUCAACAAAAAGUGACGUCACACAGAUUCUUUUAGAGCUCCUUUAAGACGAAAUAACAUAUAUAAGUCACAGUGGACUAUACGCCGCGUUUAUUUAGAAAAUUAUUUCACAAAAUCCAAGCCGAAGAACAGACAUUUAAUGUGGAAAGGAAAGUUAUUCAACUAAACAAUAGCAGACAGAACAGCAGGCUGAAUAGAUGUCUCUAUGUUAAAGUAAUAUUAUCAGUUUAAACAAUAAACCAUAACAUACAGAACUUACCUGGAAGGUUGAAUAGUCUAAAUUAACCGAACAAGCCAACUAGCGUGAAGUUCCACAUCACUGAAUCCAUUGAAUUACAUAACUACAGGAGCAGCAUAUAGCGAUCUCUUGCGACUGUAGACGGUAAUGUUGUCUCUUGCCUCAUAAAUGUCAAAAUUAAUUCAUACUGACUUACAAGGCGCACCUGACAGACGCAGCACCAGCCAAGUUAUGAAAAAAUCCAUCCCCUCAAAGUAAUCAGGACAGAAGCGUUCAAAAGUUGAUAAAAGAGAUGAAUUAAAACACCAUGGCUGUGUCCAAAAUAGCUCCUUAUACCCUUAAAUAGUGCACUACACAUUAUUGAGUGCACUCAUUCAAUCCCACAAUGCACUGCAAUAAUAAGUGCACAACUGAUGUACACUCACAGCUAGCCGCUACUCGUUCACUGAUGCUCGUGCCGAAUUACUUCUUGCGUCUCAGCGGAAGAUCCAGCGAGCUCAAGUGUCCAAAUUCAUUCACUUAUUCGAGUGAACUAUAUUAGUGGACUAAUCUAGAUAAUAGAGAGGGAUAUUUCGGACACAGCCCAGGUGUGACUAUGAACGGGCAUGUGUCUCUCUCGUCCACUUGUGAUCCAACCGACCAAAACGCAUCCUAAUACCAGGUGUAAGCAGGGCCUCUGUGAUAAUUUAGCAUUGAAAGUGUUUAGGGCUUGAGAAAAAGCGUCAUUCAGAAAUCGGAAAGUUUCAACUGUAAAUUAUCUGUAUUGGUUUGUCAAUCAGAGUUGCAUAUCUGUGUAUAGCAGUCAACAGAUACAGCGUGAGACACAAAAAAGACAAAGUCGUAUCAUGUUAACACAGAACUAGUUAAGAAUUUGAUGUAUUUUUGUCUUUCGCGUCUUGUUCCCUAGUCCAAGUCCAGGCCUGAGGGUUGCAUCAAUCAGUAACGUACUGUACAUUUUGGAGAAAACUUGAUUGGAAAAGCCCCCCCCCCCCCUUGCAACCCUUUUCUGCACUCUCGUCUUGUUAGCAUGUCAGGUAGCGCUAGAGAUGUAGCAUCCAGGAAUCGUUUUUAAAUUCCUCGUUAAAAAAGCUUGUUGAUCUAACUCGGUAUGGUUGCAUAUGUUUGUCUAAGUUACCAAGUCCAAAGUGUUAUUGUGCGGUAUGAGUACUGUGCGUUCUGUACGAUUUAUUCUUUUCUUUUGUCGUUUUCUUUUCGUAACAACAACACAUGACUAUAAAUACUCAGUGGAUGUAUAUUAGAAGUCCUGUCAGUUUAGCCAGUUGAAUUUUUUUAUAUAAAGCAGAGUAGUAUUUUAUAAACUUGAAUAAGAGCAUGAUGAUAAAGGAUGUUUAUAUAUAAAGGCAAAUCAUCUUUUCCCAGGUUAUUAACUAGUUCUACUCGACUCAGUUUAGGUAAGCAGGUUGAACUCGAGCAAACUUAUGAAUUUAGUGUAGUUAGGGUCCGUCAGAUCCACGGCAAGCAUUAAUGUGUCUCAUCGGUUCAUUUGCACACUAUCCUGCUGAAAGCUGAAGCAAAGUUAACACUAAGAAACACUUGUGAAGUGAAUGUUUAGGUUGCACAAGAGAUUUGAGUGCCAAUGUGUUGAGAGGAGACACAACAUGACAAAUGUUGUCAAAUGAGAGUACUGCCCAUCGUAUUCAGGACGCUCCCUUUUUUGCAUAUUUUGAGCAGUUGUGCACUUACUAGCUAUUGCAGCUCGCCGACGUUGUGUGUUGCUGUUUAGCUUACUAGCUCAAAGUAUAUACUCUGAACAAUCAAACCUAAAUGUCUAACAAUCAUUCACAACCCAGACUGUGAUAUGAGACUGUACAUGUGAGCGCUCAGUUUGGUUUUUUCCACAAGAGAGGGUGGCCUGUAUGUGAAAUGACUAUUAAUGUGUGUGUGUGUGUAUAUAUAUAUAAAUAUAUAAAAGGAAAUAUAUGAUUGUAAAAUGAUGAUUGUUACCUGAGCAUAUUAUGCAUACCUCAGGCUUCAGACAAGUCUCUUCUGGGCAGAUGUUUUAUUGAGGACAGCCAUGAUCCCAUGUCGUAGCACAAAAUGGUUUGGUGUCUCUUGCAGUAAUCUACCUAGCUUGGGAAUGUACUGUAUGUAUAUGUAUGUACACUAAUGCAGCACUGCGAAAUAUUGACUUCUACAGUAUAUAUUUCUAUAGCCCAUGUUUGUGAAAACUAUAGUCUUACGCGCUGAAACGCAACUCGAGAACGUUUUGAACAAUCUCAUUGGUUCGACGCCGAAAAACAAAUCGGGCGAUUUCGUGGCCUUUGGUAUUUGCUGUGCUUUUGUGAAUGGUUUUUUUGCAGUGUGUCACAGUUUGUCGAAAACGAUUCACUUUACUAUGGCACAAUAUUUGUCCGGACCAAAAGGAACAUUUAUGACGGGUUUGACUUGAGCUUGUUUGGAGAUUGAGAUCUUAUAAUAAGGUAUCUUAAAGACUUUAAAGUCUCCUUUGAUUUACCCUGUCCACCCAUGUGUUUCAGUACCACAUGCAUUCCACAGUAAUUCAUUUAUCUUGUCCAACAGAUGUCUGUUUCCUUGACUGAGGAAACCCAAAUCUACGUUUUGAUUCGCAGCUCCCUGUGAGUCCAAAAUGUCCAAAGUCCAAAAUGUCCUGCACUUCAUUUGAAAGGUUUGUCGAUAUUGUCUGUUAUAAUUCCUCAGAGCAUUUUAUUAUACCUGAUCCUUGAUUGUAGAGUCCUUAUUUUAUAAUGAAAAUAUAUUUGAGAAUAUAUGCGGUGGUACGGUGAUGUAUCGUAUGAAGAGAAAUAAAUAAAUGCAACUAAAACAAUUAAAAAAUGUUACAUUGUAAUCCUUGGAACCAAACAGAAAAUGUCUCUCUGGUCAUGUGAACAGGUUGGAUUAUUUCUGCAUUGUAAUAAUGUUUAUUUACCAGUAGGGGGCAGCCUGCUUACACUUUAGGUUCAAAUGUGUUUCAGUGCUGUUUUCUAAUAUGUUAAUGAAUAAAUUUCUCUUGGUUUUAGUGCGCUGGCCAUCUUCAAAUGUCCACAGGAGUUAUGAACAUACAGUAUUAUAAACAUAAUGUCAUAAAUGCAUCUGUUAAUGUCAGCUUUCUGCUAUAGGAACAUGUUUACAGGCCCAUACAGACACUUCACAUACAAAACAUUUAGCAGAUUUCUACAGAAGCCAAGAGAGGACAUGCACUAUUAUUAUUUUUGUUUGCUUGUUUUCUCUUGAUCAUGACUUAAUUUCUCAUGAUCUCGAUAUAACAAAAGUUGUUUUCUUGUGAUCACGAUGUAAUUUCUCGUUAUCUCGAGAUGACAAAAGUCGUCCUGACAUGAUAAUCCAAAUGUCAUAAUGUAGUUUCCUGUCCAUAAUAUUUAGUGUAUUUUGAAGUGGAGUGCUAAUGCAUAUUAGUUUGGGUCUUCGCCGUUACAGUACCACACGUGUAGCUAAUGUGUAGCCGAUAGACUUAAUAAAUAAAUAAAGUUGGACGGUUUGUGUUCGUGAAUUUAGGGACCAUUUCUAAAGUAAUACUGUACAUGUUUCUAUCUUCAAUAGUAUUUAACAGUUUAUUUAAAUAAAUAUCAAAAAUCUAAAAAGUGUGCAUAGCUGACAACCACAUAAACACGUUGGUUUUGUGACUGUUUGUUGACUUUCAGUCAUUCCAUUUAAAUGCUGUUAAAGUAGAAACGUGUGUAUUAUUGAGUAACUUAAAGACGGUCCCUAAAUUCACCA